CGUGCCAUCCGCCACCUUUUAUUACACCAACCACCCGCCGCCCGACUGUUUAGGUUGUUGACUGCAUCAAAAAAGUCCAACUUUCUUGCAUUCCGUUUCUUUAAUUUUCCUUCUCCAUUUCCCCUCGCUGUCAUUGGCCGUCAAAAACCCUAAACCUAAUCCAUUCCUUCGCAUCGCCUCCCAGAAGACGUAGAUGAGAUCCUUUCUUCCAAAUGCUACCGGAAAUUUGAGAAAUUUUUGAUCUUGAUCUAGCCGAGAUGGAGCUUCCUCACGUGAAGCUGGAGCUUAGUGGGGCAGAAAUCUCUGGGAAUCUCGACGAGCGAAAUCCUCCAAUUUGUCUCCCGAAUCAGCCCUCCGAUGCCUCUCUGCUCGCACUCGACAUCGGAGGAACGUUGAUCAAAUUAGUUUAUUUUUCGGGCGGCAAUGAGGGUAAUGAGCAGAUUGGAAGCGGUAAUGCAACUCCUGGUGGGGAGUUACGUUUUGUGAAGUUUGAAAGGAGGCGUCUUGGUGAUUGUUUGGAGUUCAUUAAAUCCAAGAAGCUUAUCCAUGACAGCGGAAUUAUUACUGGUUUAUCUAAUGGGCAUGUGGCAAUAAAGGCCACAGGUGGAGGGGCAUAUAAAUUUGCUGAUGUGUUUAAAGAAAAGCUAGGUGUUUCUCUUGAUAAGCUGGAUGAAAUGGAUAGUGUUGUAGCUGGAGCAAACUUUUUGUUGAAGAAAAUCCCUGGUGAAUCCUUUACACACAUGGAUGGAAAAAGGACUCCCAUAGAAAUUAAUCAAAAGAACUUAUUUCCGUAUCUUCUUGUCAAUAUUGGUUCAGGCGUCGGCAUAAUAAAGGUUACUGGAAACAAGAUAUUUGAACGGGUGACUGGGACACAUAUUGGUGGUGGCACAAUAUUUGGUCUAGCAAAACUUUUAACAGGUUGCACGAGUUAUGAUGACUUCUUGAAAUUGAGUCAGCAAGGGGAUAAUCUUGUGCUCGAUUUAAUUGUGAAAGAUAUUUGCGGAGAAUUAGCUUGCCAAAAGCAAGGGCUUUCAGCAUCAACCCUUGCCUCUAGCUUUGGAAAGGUGAUAGAUUCUAAAAGGAAGCUGUCAGAUUACAGAGCUGAGGAUCUUGCUACUACAUUGUUGAGUGCUUUUACUUAUAACAUUGCACAAAUCUCUUUCCUUGUAGCAGCACUCUUAGGGCUCAAAAGGGUCUUUUUUGGAGGAUCAUACAUUCGUGGCCAUGCUAGUACAAUGGACAACAUUUCUUAUGCAAUUGAUUAUUGGUCCAAAGGCCAAAUGCAAGCAAUUUUUUUGCGCCAUGAGGGGUUUUUAGGAGCUCUAGGUGCUUUAAUGAGCUAUGAAAAUCUUGAUGUUGAUGACUUGACACUUGAAGAUGUAAAAGAGCAAGUGAAGCUGGUAAAUCAUCUAGAUCUAUUCACUAUUCACCUAUAAGAUUGCAUAAGGAUU